GGAUUUCCCUCUAAACAGCAAACUGAACCGGGGGGAGCAGCUGCUGCUGCAGCAGAACCAGUCCGCUCAAUGUCACCGGGCACCGGAGAAGAUGGUUCUGAAACUAGGUCCGUAAAGAUUGUCGUCACGGGUUCAUGAAGGCACCCAAACAAGUUGUCUCACUCAAUGCCCUGAGGCAGUACUCUGACAAUAUCAUCUGUUCAACCCCUCCAUCCAGCGCCUCUUCCCUCCUCUUCCUCCUCCUCCUCAACCUGUGGCCUAUUUAUACCCCGGAGACUCAGAAUAGCCUAUCAAAGCUCAGCAGACCUCUUCAGCAAAGAGACAACAGUGAGCAUGAACCCGAUAACAUAUGGUCGAUUUGAUCUCACCAGCAUCAUUACCUUUCCUCCGGCAGCUUUUAAAUAAGAAAGGCUAAGGCUUCUACCACUGGGAAUUCUUGAAAUGAAACAAGGCUACAGAUGUGUUCAGGUUCAGUUCAGAGAUUGCAGCUGAUAAUCCAUGUGUGAAGGACGGUUUGCAAGUGCAGCAGAUUGUAGAAAUAUUGGAUGCAGCCUUUGCUUGGAUCCACACUCUGUAGAUUCUGGCCUUUUCUGUUGAAGUACAGGAAAACACUAUUGACUCAGCUGUCCAAGCAUCUAUGAGAUUCCUGCAAGGACACUGAAAAUUUUUACCUCUUAGAUGGCUUACACAUUCGAAGUCCGCCAUCAACUCCAGCCAUGAGCUAAGCCCACACCACCCUGGGCGUCCCUAGCAGGAUGACUGCUGUCUACCCCUCAGAGAGCAACCCAGAGGGGGCUGAAGCUGGGGCCGGGACAGCAGGCUCCAAGGGGUCGGGUGCAGCAGGAAACUCCAGGAGCAUCUCAGUGUCCGGGGCCGAGACCUCUAACGGGUCUAAUGGAGACUCUAGCAGAAGUUCAAUCAAAGGCACAGCUGUGGUCCAAAGGUACUCUCGCUGGAGCCGCCAGGACAGCUCGGACAUCAACACAGACGAUGAGGGAGCCACCAUCCGCCGCCUCACCCCACUGGAGAGACUCAACCUGGAUAUGUGCCAGGAUGACAGGGUGGUCCGUGAGCUGACUAUUGGCAGAAGAAUCGGCUUCUACAAAAUUCGAGGAGAGAUCGGAUGUGGGAAUUUCUCCCAUGUCAAGCUUGGAAUCCAUGCGCUCACCAAAGAUAAAGUGGCUAUCAAGAUCCUGGAUAAAACCAAGCUGGAUCAGAAGACCCAGAGGCUGCUGUCCAGAGAGAUCUCCAGCAUGGAGAAGCUACACCAUCCCAACAUUAUACGCCUCUAUGAGGUUGUGGAGACGUUGUCACGGUUACACCUGGUGAUGGAGUAUGCAGGGGGAGGGGAGCUCUACACCAAGAUUACUACUCAGGGGAAACUCUCCGACACAGAGAGCAAGAUCGUCUUCGCUCAGAUCCUCUCUGCUGUUAAACACAUGCAUGAAAACAACAUCAUCCACCGGGACCUGAAGGCAGAAAACGUCUUCUACACCAGCAGCUCAUGUGUCAAAGUGGGGGAUUUUGGCUUCAGCACUCUGAGCCGCCGUAGUGAGACACUCAACACGUUCUGCGGCUCUCCGCCAUACGCCGCGCCUGAGCUCUUCAGGGAUGAGCAUUACGUUGGCAUCUUUGUGGACAUCUGGGCCCUGGGGGUGAUGCUGUUCUUCAUGGUGACAUGCACGAUGCCAUUCAGGGCCGAGACCGUGGCUAAACUGAAGCGCUGCAUCCUGGAUGGGGCCUACAUCCUGCCCUCGUGGGUGCCAGAGCCAUGCCAGAGGCUGAUCAGGGGAGUCCUCCAACCCAUACCGUCUGACCGCUGCACAGUCGAGCAGAUGAUGGGCUGUGAGUGGAUGCUCCCUGUGGAUUUCCCGCAGGCCAUGGAGCCCUUUAAACUAGACCCGUCCUACCUGGCAGAGAGUGAACCAUCUGAACUGGAGGAGGAGGAGAUGGAGGUAAAGACAGCACUGGAGACACUAGGAAUCUCCUCAGAACACAUCCUCAACAACCAGGGGAAAGAUUGUCGGAGCUCCAUUACAGGGGUGUACAGGAUCCUGCUACACCGUUCUCAUAAGAGGCGGGCUGUUGAGAGAUUGCCUGUGGUCAAACAGGCAGUAGGACAAACUACAGCCAGUAAAAAGGAAAGAAUAAAAGUUUACCGUAGUUUAAGGCACACAUCUAAACUCUGUGUGGUUCUGUGACAAAAUGCUCUCCAUUGCUCUGGACAUAACUAAAUGGUCUUUGAUGAGAUUGCAUGAAUUUAUUUAAAAAAUUAAGCAGUGCUUUAUAGCCAGCAGUUACAAUCAGAAAUAUAUUAUAUAACCCCUUGAAGCUCCUGAAAUCUGAGAUUUCUUUCUUUAGUAUUUUUUCUCUGAAGUAAAAUUAGUCUCUGUGAGAAUGUUGCUGCUAGUAAAACAUUAUUGUCACCUUUUUCACAAGGCCAGCAAAUCAUAGUCCUAAGUAAUGAUGAUUGAAUGGCAUACAUAACUUUUUAUGUGGACCAUGCAGGCCAGAUAGUUUUAGCCUUUAUCCAUCCUGCUUGAACACCAGUAAAACCAUCUGGGGAAUCAAUGUAGCAUAUAUUUUAAGGAAAAGAGAAAUCAAAAACAUGCCGAGGUGAUGAACUGGUGAACAUGCGGACAAUACAUUUAACGUGGUGUGUUUAAUGUUUACUUUAACUUUUAUUUGAUGCCUUUUUUCUUUUACUGUAUGGAAUCAGACAUACAUGGUUUCAGUGUACUCCUUAAUGUUUGUAUUGAGAGAUUUCAAAUCUUACCUUCUUAUGCGGUGUAUCUCUAUGAGAUGUUACACAAAGUGAGCUAUGUAAGAGAGCUGAGUGACCUUGCUCAUUUGUCCCUGUGGGCUGAAAAAGCUAGUAAACAACAUUAAGCUAGGAAUACCAUCCACCAAAGUUUUAAGUUCUUUUUGUGACAAAAUCUAAAUUUUGUUUGACUCAGGCAAUUUCUGAAUGAUUUUAUGGUAAUAAGAUGUUUUAUUUUCUAAUGCCAUAUUUAUGCUCAUAUGAUGAUUAAAAUAAUUUUAAAUGCA